CGCUGUACUUCAUGUCAAUCACUACGCCAACUUAAGUAGCUUUAACUAAAAUGGAAAAAUAUGAAAAACUGGCUAAGAUUGGAGAAGGGUCUUAUGGGGUUGUAUUCAAGUGCAGAAACAAGUCAUCUGGACAAGUGGUAGCAAUAAAAAAAUUCGUGGAAUCCGAAGAUGAUCCUGUUGUUAAGAAAAUAGCAUUGAGAGAAAUACGCAUGCUGAAGCAAUUGAAACACCCAAACCUUGUGAACCUCAUCGAGGUGUUCAGAAGAAAGAGAAAGAUGCAUUUAGUUUUCGAGUACUGUGAUCACACACUGUUACAUGAGCUGGAGAGAAACCCGAACGGUGUUCCUGAUGGAGUUAUCAAAAGCGUGCUGUGGCAAACCCUCCAAGCCCUUAACUUUUGCCACAAACAUAAUUGUAUUCAUCGGGAUGUAAAACCCGAAAACAUCCUAAUAACCAAGCAAGGAAUGAUCAAGAUUUGUGACUUUGGAUUCGCACGGAUUCUGAUUCCAGGAGAUGCCUACACAGACUACGUUGCCACCAGGUGGUACCGAGCCCCGGAACUUCUGGUGGGAGACACUAAGUAUGGUUCCUCUGUGGACAUGUGGGCUGUCGGCUGUGUUUUUGCAGAGCUCCUGACAGGUCAGCCACUCUGGCCAGGAAAAUCAGAUGUGGACCAACUUUAUUUGAUCAUCAGGACACUGGGGAAACUCAUCCCAAGACAUCAGUCUAUCUUUAAGAGUAACCAGUUUUUCCGUGGCAUCAGCAUACCUGAACCAGAAGACAUGGAGACUCUUGAAGAAAAAUUCUCAAAUGUUCAGCCUGUGGCUUUAAGUUUCAUGAAGGGGUGUCUGAAGAUGAACCCAGAUGACAGACUGACCUGUGCCCAACUGCUGGACAGUGACUACUUCGAUUCUUUUCAAGAGGAUCACAUGAAAAGAAAAGCCCGCAGUGAGGGAAGAAGCAGGAGGCGUCAGCAGAAUCAACUGUUGCCUCUUAUACCUGGAAGCUGCAUCUCCCCCACACCUGAUGGAAGAAAACAAGUCCUCCAGUUAAAAUUCGAUCACCUCCCUAACAUUUAGGGGACCUGCUCUUCUCAGUGCACUGGCUUAAUAUGUAGAUACUUUUGAAUAUACAUAACCCAUUCCCUAACCCUAGCAUAACCUAGCCCUAACCCUAAUCCUAACCCUAACCCUAAGCUAACCCUAAUUAUAUCCCCAACCUAACCCUAAACCCUAACAUUAACCAUAACCACAACCCUAUCUUUCACCUAAUACUAACCGUAACCCUAAGCAAUGAACCAAACCUUAACCGCAGUCAUAACCCUAACACUAUCCAUAACCCUAACUCAGCCACUAUCCUUAAACUUAACCCUAACACUAACCCUAAACCCUACCCUAACACUAAACCCUACCCUAACCCUAAACCCUAACCCUAAACCUAACCAUAACCAUAACCACAACUCUAACACUAUCCAUAACCCUAACUCGGCCAAUAUCUCUAAUGCUAACCCUAACCCUAAACUCUAACCCUACCCCUAACCUAACCCUAAAUUUAACCCUAACCCUAACCCUAAAACUAAGCCUAACUUUAAUGCUAACCCUGACCCUAAACUUAACCCUAACCAUAGCCAUAACCCUAACAAUAACACUAACCCUAAAUUUAACCUUAACCCUAAUCCUAACCCUAUCCAUAACCUUAACUUGGGCAUUUUCCCUAACCUAAACCUAACCCUAACCUUAAUACUGACCUCAACCAUAACCCUAGUGUAUCCCUAAACCUAACCCUAAGGCUAACCCUAACCUAACCAUAACACUUACCCUAACCC